GACCAGGACGCAAGUUUCGGCAAUUACACCACAGGAGAGGCUGCAUUUAGGGCCCGGUUGACCUUCGCUGAUUAGAUGACGAUCGACUCAUCCAGCACACCCCUGCCAACUUCCCGCGUUCGUCACCUCGGGUGUUCAACCGAUGUCGCAUCAUGAACAAACCCAAAGAGGACUGCUUCUGGUCGCACGUCCCCAUGGUUUUCCCCGGCCUGUCCGCCAGACUAUUGUCAACACGUUGGAAGAACUUCAGAAGUCAGACUUCUCGAAACUUGCAAAACGUCCGCCGCCGCCCCUUCGCGAAACUGCUUAGGCUACCUAGGCCCCUCAAGGUUUCAUCAACGUGUGAUUUCGUUCUCUUUUACGACGGUUUCGCUCUCAGGGGAGGGGGUGGGUUGUUGAGGCGAACAGGUCUCCAUUCUCCAGAGUUUAAAAGACGAGAGCUCGACGUCAGAGCUCGCGCACGUGUCAAACAUCAGAUGCAACCUCGUUUCGUUUCGAGCCUUCUCGUGCGUUGCAUUGUUCCACCCAGGGGCACGUAUAUUGGAUGGUCGAUGCUUGCUUUUUGCUUAGCUUAUACGCUUUUUGCCGCCGAGAGUAGCCGUUGCAGUGGUGUUGCAAGCGUUGAUGUACAAGGUAACAAACAAGUGCGCGACGGCUUGCCGGGACUGCACUCAACGUUCUAGUCCUUGACUGUCUCGUGGAUUGCUCACAUGUAUCACAGCAGGAUACUGGCCGCAUAUUCAAUUUACCGGCACCGGGUACGCCUUGAAAUACAUGAAUAACCCUCUUCAUUUUUGACGGAAAGCCAUGCGUAGAGCCAGGCCUUAUUUCACUCCUAUGCUAGCCAAAGUAUAGUGGACAAAGGCAUCAUAUUUUGCUCGAUACAAUCAUACAAAAGGGAGGAGGAGAAUCACUCAAGUGUGUGAUUUUGUGGUUCCACAGGCCGGAUGUAGUUGCGCUAUCAUU